UUCGGGCCUGUCAUCGCGGCCGGAAAAUACAAAAUGUAGCCCAAAUAGCCAGUUCACGUUUUUCGCGUUUUUCGCCCGAAAACGCUUCGGUCGUCGCACGCUCGGCGCAAAACCAAUGCGAGAAACCAUCGCCGGCGGUGAGGCUGCGUAUGUCGGGCAUGCGCAGUCGGGCGCGCUGAUCUGCCGCUGUUCCGCGACAGUAGUAACGUCCUUUUCGUGCGCGCGGCGAGAAAGAGAGAGAGAGAGAGAGAGAGAGAGGAGUCGCAGUCCGCGCAAAAGUGGUCAGUACAAAAAGAAAGCCAGGGGACGCCGGAGGACUCGCGAGGAGGGACUGUCGUUUGAACGUGGCGCCCUUCCCGUCCCUUCCUCCGAUAUCGCCGCCUGCACCCUCCCCUCCCUCUUUCAUUAGGCCGCUACGUGCGACGCACGCAUCAACCACGGACCUAACCGAACGCGUCACUUUCUCUCUCUCUCUUUCCCGCACUCUUCGGGAGCGCGCACGCGAGAGACAGUGUUUGUAUACGUGCGGACGCGGCGUGUACGUGUACACGAGUGCUGAAUGAAUGACGUAACCUAUAUACAACGAAUAACGCGUACCAGGCGAGAGCGCACAGUGCGUUACGCCUCGGGUCGCUCCGAAGACGGACGGAGUAACCGCAUCGCUGCUGGUUACAUAGCUGGUGGUGUGUUCGGCGCGAAGAAGAGAGAGACAGAUAUACAGUGCACAACGUCGACGCGUUAUCACGCGUGAUCUCGAGCGGUGAGCGGAACGGAGCGGCGUGCGCGACGCCGCGCGCGUUGUUCGUCGCAGGCACGUGCGAGUGCGCGGCGACAAUGGCCACGGACUGCGUGGACGGCGACUACCUCGGCGCGUACGCGCGCUUCUUCGCGGAGUUCGUCGCGAGGGUGAAUCCGGACGAUCAGCUGCCGGUGAAGGUGAGCGGCUACGACAUCGGCGAGGGCGAGAUCGUCGGUGAGAUCAUCAACGUGACUCUACAGUACCUCAAUCAGACAUACUGUCCGCCGAGUUUACAGUCGUACAUCGUAUAUCUCGUGAUACAAGCGAUCAAGUCGACAUGCAAAAAGCAGCCGGAGAUCUGCGGGCUGAGGCAGCAGGAGAGGGCAUACGCGCCUCUGAAGCUCAUGCAAGCCGUCACGAACGAAGUCAACGAGAUCUGCAGGCGAUAUUUAGAUAACAGCAGGCUGGCGUUACUGCCGCCGCCUUCGUCGACUCCGCAGGUGGUGGUGGGCGCCACGAGAAAUGCCCGAAGAAAAAUGGAAGAUCGCCACGUGGUCCUGCACGACUUGCAUACUAUUUUUAAUAUUCAGGAUGACACGAUAGCGAAUUACUACGCCGUGUUCGACGGACACGGAGGGCAGGAUGCGGCGGCGUACUGCGCGACGCAUCUCCAUCAGUAUUUGGUCGAGAGUGUGCACUAUCCCACGGAUCCGGAGCGCGCGCUGCGCGACGCAUUCCUCACCACGGACGCGCAAUUCAUCGCUAAGUCGAGUACGCGGAGAUUGAACGGCGGUACCACCGCGGUGUGCGUGCUGGUGAUGGAUAAGAAGCUCCACGUCGCGUGGGUCGGCGAUUCCAUGGCCUCGCUGGUUAAGCGCGGCUGCGUGAAGCAAUUGGUAAAUCCGCAUCGUCCCGCGAGAGAAGACGAGCAGGAACGGAUUAACAACAUGGGAGGAGUCGUUAUCAAUUGCGCGGGUGUUCUGCGGGUAAACGGGUUUCUCAACAUAUCACGAGCCAUAGGCGAUGUCUCGCACAAGCCGUUCGUUACCGGCGAGCCGGAGAUCCGAUGUGUCUCCUUGGACGGCACCGAGGAUUUCCUCAUAAUCGCCUGCGACGGACUGUGGGACCACGUGGACCCGAGAACAGCCGCGCAACGAGUCUACCGGCAGGUGCUGCAAAGUCCACACGAUCUCAAGUACGUGCAACAGACUCUGCUGCAGUGCGCUAAGCGGGCGGGCUCGCUCGACAACAUCACCGUGAUCGUGGUGUUCCUGACGCCGCCGACCGAGAUCGCGUCGCGACCCCUGAACGCGCAUCCGCUACUGUCGUAUCCGGUGCCGAAUGGUCUACUGAACAACAUGGACCCGAACAAUCCGUUCCUGUCGAACGUCAACGGCCAGUUCGACGUGAACGCUGCCUUCGUCAAGCAGCAGCAGAAGCUCGACGCCGAUCUGCAGCACGAGAACGGCACCGACGCUCUCGAGCUCGACGACAAUCGCCGGCUGAUCUACGCCACGGGCUCCAGCAACGGGAAGCACGUGGAGGACGUGGACGGUAACGACGACUACGAUUACGGCGACUUAGGGCCGGAAACGGACGUCGACGCCGUCGACGACGCGCCCGACGUUCGCGACCGGCUGUCGCGCGAGCUCUUCCCCGACGACGAGAAGCCACGGCGGAUAACAAGCGAGGGUGACAACAACGUCGAGGACGACGACGACGACGACGACGAUGACGACGAGGACGACGAUCUUAACCGUGACAACGCGAACGUCCGCCGGCAGACGUACGACGAAGUCGACGUGAUGGACAAUCGUAUCCGAGGACAGAGUGAUGAGGACGUUUACGGCGCGGACGACGACGUGCCGCGCGACAACAAAGACGACGACGUGUCGCAGCCGCCACGCGGCGUCGUAGAUAGCGACGCGCGCGUCGCCCAGCCCGACGUACCCGACGUCGUCGACGACGACGACGAGUCGCCACCCUCGCCACCGCGAGCUGCUAAACCUCUUCAGCAUGUACUGAUCCCCGAAGCGGAUAAUGUAGCGGACAGCGAGGAUUCCGAGGACGAGUGGAAUUACUACCGUAUCGAUCCGAACAAAGAGGAGUCCGUAACGGCGGCCGCUGCAGCCCCGGGCGACGAGGAGAAGAACGUACGGGAGGAUCCCGAGCUUGUUGUGAAGGAUAACUCGGAAGUCCAGUCUCUGGAAGAAGCGGACGAUAUUAAAUGCGAAAGACGGACGGAGGAGGCCCCGUCUGAGCUUAUUGACACCGAUAUAAGCAACGAGAGAGAACUGAGAGAAGAGCCGGAGAAACAGCUCGCCCACAGCGAAGAAGAAGAGGAAGAAGAGAGACAAGAUCAAGAAGCAGACAUGGAUUUCCAACUGAACCCGAACGCGGCCGAGUUCGUGCCGACGGCGGUGUCGCCCACGUUGAUGGACCGCCGGAACAUCGUGGACUUCCCCAUCAGCGGCUCGCCCCUGAAGCAGACCGCGCUCGCGAUGGACGACAUCCCCGUCCCGACCCAGAGCGAGUUCGAGGAGGAAGUGUCGCAUCGGCCGCGGGAAACGGACGAGAAGGACUACACGAACGGCGACCACGAGAACCUGCAGAGCGGCGGCCUCGACGUCUCGGAGAUCUCGUCGACGAGAGCCGAGCUGGGCGACGAGUCCAUCGCGCGCAUCAUGGCGACUACGCAGCAGUGGAGCGGCAAGAUACGCGAGGGUGACACCGGCGGGCCUGAGGAAUACGACAUCGCCACGGACCCCAUGGCGAUGUCGUUCGCGCCGGGUGACCUAGAGGCGGCGUUCGAACGAGGCGUCGACCUGAACGCCGUGCACGACCUGAGCGGCACGGAGAACGAAGCCGAAGCGAACGAGUGUUACGUGCCGAUGAACAGCACACCGCCUCGCUCACCGGAACCGUACGCGAACGACGCGCAUUCACCUUUCUUGAACGAAAAGCCGGACGAUCUUCUGCACGCGUCCUCGACGCCGCACCCCGACGGCAAGUCUUCGCCCAGUCUCACGGCGGACGAGAUUUCGAGCUUGGCGGCGGAACAGCAGCAGACGCUGCUCAUGGAGCAGGAUCUCGGCGUUUGCCCGCUCGAGGACGACCGCUCGAGCGAACACGAGGCUGAGAAGCCCGAGCAGAUCGAUCGGUCGCAGCAACUGCUGGAAGAAGUAAGCGAGAACGCGCAGUUCGCGGUCUCCGAUCUGCUGCUGGAGGCUCCGAAUCCGGCGGAAUUCUGCGCGAAGGGGUCCUCUUUGUCGCCGAUGCAAGACACACUGGAGAGCGCCUCGCCGCAACCGGUGGAAGAGGAGACGACGGCGAUAUCCUCCGUGGAAGCCGAAUCCACCUCGGGCGCGUUGCUCGCCUCAUCGCCUCUGCACGUCCCCGAUUUCACGCCGAGCCGACAACACGACGACUUGGAUUCGUUCGCUCCGGACUUCGUCUCGAGCACGAGCGACGCGUCCGGCUUUCUUCAGGAUCCCUUGGACUCGAAAGCGGCGGCAUCGUCGACCGUCGCCCAGGACACGGGAAUCCUUAGCUUCACCGAGGAGCCGGCCGAAGUGACAGCGACUGCUGUGGAUCAACAACCGUGGGAGAGCGACGUUUGCGCGAUGGAGCGAGAAAACAACACGGUGACACCGGCAGCGACCGCGCGGCAAGAAUCGGCCAAUGAACAAUCGCUCCUGAGCACCGAGGCCGAGGAAAGCGCGACACUGAUGGACUACGUUUCGCAGGCCGACAAGCUGAGCGACGCGAGGAUGGACGAGACGAAGAUCACCACGGACUUCUACACGAACGAAGACAUCGAUCGGAUAAUCGAUCUGAUGGCGCCGAAGGAGGAGGUCGCGAAGCUGGAGCCUACAGAGCCGAGCUGCCACGAGUCGAUAUUCAAGGCCGACGAAGCGACGACGCUCGCAAGUGUCGACUUGAAUCUGUCGGACGACUUCCCGGCGCAAGAGCGAAUCGUGGACAGCUCCGUCGGGGAGCUCGCAGCCUCGAUGUACGGCGAGUCGGUGUUCAAGGCUGAGGAAGAGGCGCCGCCCGCGAAUGUCGACGUGAGUCUACCGGCCGAUUUGCCGGGUGAAAUCGUGAAAGACUCCGCGGAGCUCGUGGACUUGGAUUUCGGCGAGCCGAUGCUCAAGGCCGGUGAAGAAGAAACGGCUGUCGCGAACGUCGACGACGUCGCGCCGACGAGCGACACGACCGUGUCAAGUCCGUUCGCGAACUUGCUGCAAGAGCAAGCGCAGUGCGAAAUGAUCCGGUCGGUCCUGCUGGACAACGUGCCGACGGAGACCUCGGCGCCUAGCAGUGUGCUGCCGGGACCGGAGAAAGAGAAGCAGGAGGAGGAGCCCGCGGAGGUCGCAUCUACGAGCGACGCGCCGGCCGAGGAGGAGGAAGCCAUCAUCGAGAGUGCUCCCAUGCACGGAGAGGAAAGCGUGGAACCGCCGGCGGAUAUUGUCGCGAAAGUGGACGAACCGAAGACGGAAACCAUAACGGCUGCAGGAGCUGUCGCAGAGGCCACGACCGCUGCAGCGUCCACGGCGACAGGAGCCGUCACAGAGGUCACGACCGCUGCGGCGUUCACGACGACGGGAGCUGUCACAGAGGCCACGGUCGCUGAAGAAGCGUUCACGACGACAGAAGCCGUCACAGAGGCCGCCACGGUCGCUGAAGAAGCGUUCACGACGACAGAAGCCGUCACAGAGGCCGCCACGGUCGCUGAAGAAGCGUUCACGACGACAGAAGCCGUCACAGAGGCCACGGUCGCUGAAGAAGCGUUCACGACGACAGAAGCCGUCACAGAGGCCACGGUCGCUGAAGAAGCGUUCACGACGACAGGAGCCGUCACAGAGGCCACGGUCGCUGAAGAAGCGAGCAUGACGACAGGAGCCGUCACAGAGGCCACGGUCGCUGAAGAAGCGAGCAUGACGACAGGAGCCGUCACAGAGGCCAUGGCUGUUGAAGAAGCAAGCAUGACGACAGAACCUGUCACAGAGGUCAUGGCCGUUGAAGAAGCGAGCAUGACGUCAGGAGCCGUCACGGAGGCUACGGUCGCUGAAGAAGUAAGCAUGACGACAGGAGCCGUCACAGAGGCCACGGUCGCUGAAGAAGCGAGCAUGAUGGCAGGAGCCGUCACAGAGACCACGGUCGCUGAAGAAGCGAGCAUGACGACAGGAGCCGUCACAGAAGCCACGGUCGCUGAAGAAGCGAGCAUGACGGCAGGAGCCGUCACAGAGGCCACGGUCGCUGAAGAAGCUGGCACGACGACAGGAGCCGUCACAGAGAUCACGGUCGCUGAAGAAGCUGGCACGACGACAGGAGCCGUCACAGAGGCCACGGUCGCUGAAGAAGCGGGCAUGACGACAGGAGCAGUCACAGAGGCCAUGGCUGUUGAAGAAGCAAGCAUGACGACAGAACCUGUCACAGAGGUCAUGGCCGUUGAAGAAGCGAGCAUGACGUCAGGAGCCGUCACGGAGGCUACGGUCGCUGAAGAAGUAAGCAUGACGACAGGAGCCGUCACAGAGGCCACGGUCGCUGAAGAAGCGAGCAUGAUGGCAGGAGCCGUCACAGAGACCACGGUCGCUGAAGAAGCGAGCAUGACGACAGGAGCCGUCACAGAGGCCACGGUCGCUGAAGAAGCGGGCAUGACGACAGGAGCAGCAGCCGUUACAGCGGUCGCGGCCGCAGCAGCGGCCACGGCGGCGGUCGGCGCCGUCGUGAGUUCCGCGAAGACGACGAAGAGCGCGACUGCGGCGAAACGGCCGACGAAAACCACCGUCGCCGCAACUACAACGAAAGCGAGCGCGUCGACAACGAAGGUAGCAGCGUCAACGAAAUCCACGCCGACCUCGCCCUCGAAAGCCGCCGUGGGCUCGACGGCCGCGCGAACGACGAGCACGACGUCGGCGGCGGCGGCGCGGAAGCCGGCGGCUCGUCCGAAGCAGCUCGACGGGCCGGCCAGGAGCGCAGUCUCCAGCAGCACUGCGAAGAGCGUCGCGAAGACGACGACCGCCAAGGCCGCAGCGACUUCCACGAAGAGCACCGCGAUGACCUCGCGCGUCAGCUCCGGUACAACGAAAGCGAGAACCACGGCAACCUCGCCGAAGCUGAGCGCCAUCAGCAGCAGCAGCGGAGCGCCCGACAAGAAGUCUACGACGGCGAACGGCGACGCGAAGCAGCUCGCCGGCAACAAACCACCCAUCGCUGCAAAGUCGUCGACGACGAGCAAGAGCGCGACUAGCAACGGCGGCACGAAGGCUACCGCACUAGUAGUCAAGUCCUCGUCGACGACCAGCAGAACGUCCAUGUCCACCGUGGCCGCCUCCAAGCCACGACCCGUGUCCGCCUCCGCGGCCGUCAAGACAUCGUCCACGACCGCCCCUGCUUCGAAGCCGACCAGCGGCGUUAACACGUCGUCCUCCAGGCCCAAAACCGCGCCGGUCUCCAGCGGCGUCGCCAAGUCGCGCGACAACACCGCCAAAGCGAGCACAGUGAAGUCGCCCAUGAUCGACAAGCAGAUCAAGGAGACGGCCAACAAGCGAAUCUUCCUCGGACGCAGCACCACCGGGGCGUCGUCGACGGCGGCGCCGAAGGCCGCCGGCCGCGUCUCCGCGCCCGCCGCUGCCAAGUCACGCGCGAGCAGCGGGAAAUCGCCGAGCGCCGCUGCCGCCACCUCGCCCAUAAAGAAGAUCACGAAAGUCGCCGCGGCGUCCAAGCUGUCGACGACGCCCAAGACGACCCCGUCGUCGAACAACAAGGCCAAGGCGCUGCCGAACGGAGUACCCGACAGCACGGUGGCGAACAACGUUAUCUCCGCGAUGAUGACGAACGACAAGCUGGUGGUGGACGACGACGUGCCGCGGAAGGACGCGUCGCCGGUGGACGUGCCGACCGACAAUCAGCUCAUCGUGACCGCCGAUUGAAUCGGCCGACCGGCCAUCUGAGGAUCCGUCGUCGCCGCCGCUGUCAUCGCAGCAGUCUCGCGACAACGCACGCCGGCCUAGGUUUAUAUCACACGUCGUCUCGCGGACGUUUCAUCGCGCGGACCGACCGACCGACCGCGCGAAAUAGGGUUUUUCCUUCUUAUUAUUUAUGGAGAGAAAAAAAAAGAAAAAACUACACGCCUGCGCGCGCGCAGAACGUACGCUAGUAGUGCUUAGGGAAUAUACUAUAAUGUAUGUCGACCGGAGAAUUUUUACUAUUAUUACGUAAAUAUAUAUAUAUAUGUAACGGAGAUGUUUCUAUCUACCAUCGAGAGGUGGAAGAGGGCGAGGGAGGGGGGGGGAGGAGCGAGAAGGAGGUAGGAGAGCGACGCGCAUACCCUAAACAUUGCUUUCGACAUUGCCGCGAUUCGCAAAGUUAAAUUAGAAGCAAAAUCGUGGAAAUAUAUAUUAAGGAGGGGAGAAGGUGAACGAAGGAAAAGCGAAGCUUAGGAGGAGGAGAUGGAAACCAUGGGGAUUGAUGAUAAUUAUGUAAAUAUGACGACGAGUAUGAUUUACGUAAUAUUUAAUCCUUGUGCUGAGAUCGCGAGAGGAAUCAGGUGGUGCCCGUGACGGCCUGAAAGAAAAAAAUGGACUUUCAACCUUUAUCCUAACUGAACAAUGUGGCGGUAUGUUACUCUUAACUUUUAACAAAACUCGAUGGAUUUUUUACAAUUUUUUAAUUUUAUAUAUGCAUUAUAAUUGAUAACGAUUACUCGUGACACACCUACUCGUGCAAAAAAGGAAGAGUAAAUGAAACGAGGGGAAACGGGAAAGAGAGAGAAAGAGUGUGGGAGAAGAGAGAGAUAUGAAGAAGAGAAGGAGGAAGCGUAUUUAUUAUUGUUUGUUCCUAUUCUUAACGUUGAAUUCAUUGCGAGAUAUACAGGCAAUGACGGCGAGGAUAAUAGUGGAUCGAAAAGGAGAUGAUUCUUCGUGCGAAGAUUAGUCAAGAAUUUUAUUGGUAAAACUGCACGCACGUAUAUUUCGCAAAAAAGAAACCAGUGCUCUCUCUCUUACGAUUUAAUUCGAUUUAUGCACAAUUAUAUGUUUAGUAAUUUAUAUUUUGGUGAUGUAGUUUCUUUUUCUCGUUUAGUUUUAGAAAUGUUAUUUUAAUCGUAUUCUAAUAAUAAUUGUAUAUGUGCAGGACACGAGUUCGUUGACGCGUGACACCAGAUUCUCGAAGAUCGUUCGAGCCCCAAGUAGAGAGAAAGAGAGAGAGAGAGAGAGAGAGAGAGAGAGAGAGAGAGAGAGAGAGAGAGAGAGAGAGAGAGA